CCCAAAUGACAACACUAGAGAUUUGUAGAACGUAGGUGUUUACGCUGACAGUCUCUCUCUCUUUACUUUAACUAUGAAAUAUAUAUCAGUUAGAGUUAUACUUUGCAUUAGUGUGCUAACAUUGAGCACAGCUGUAAGAAAAAGAUUCCUUCACAAACGUUUUCUACUUGCACAUGACCAAAAUAACGAUGUCAACUGUAUUUCGGAUAUUUUAAAAACUCAUUAUAAUGACGUCAUCAUCCGAUCAUCAAGUGAACUUUACCAUGGUGAUACAGUGCAUGAUUUUAGUGUGUCAAGGGGACUAAUUGACUCACAAGAGUACAAAGGCAGUGAUGGAGUAACCCAUAUGGGAUCGUGGUCUGCAAACUUUAAUAAUUUUCGUCAAUUCAUAGAGAUAGAAAUGAAGAAACAAUUCAACUUAACAGGCUUAGUAACUCAAGGCAGAUAUGGUUGUUGUCAAGAAUGGGUCGAGUCCUAUCGCAUACUUUAUAGUGAUGAUUGCAACAACUGGCGGGCACUAGAUAGUAAAAGCGGAGCACUCUUCACAGGCAACUCCGACGAAAACACAAAAGUAACCAAUACGUUUGACGAACCUUUUGUUGUAAAAUGUCUGCGAAUAAAUCCAAUCAAAUUCCAUAACCAUAUAUCAAUGAGAUUUGGGUUGAUUGGACAUCCAGUGCAGCCAGACAGUACCUGUAGUCAACAAUCAUCUGCUACAUCGUCUUCGCCAACUAAAGUAACACAACCACCAACAACAACAACAACAACAACACCAAUACCACCAAAAACAACAUUAAAGAAAACGAUAGGUAGUGGUCACUGUCAGAGUUCUCCAUGCAUUAACGAUGGUAUAUGUAGAAAUACACAGACUAGUUACAAGUGUUUUUGUCCUAGUUCAGAUAAUGGAAGAAUUAUAUACUCAGGAAAACAAUGCCAGAUCGUACUGGACACCUCAAAAAUAGGAAUAGGUGCAACAACAUUACCAACUACAAUCAUUACGGGAUGGGUUCAUAUACCUGGAAGAUAAAUCAUAGACGAAAAUGGACUAUGAUAACCUUCAAACCACGUAGUUAACACUGUGUUAUACUUAUACCAAUCUUAAAUGAACAUUCCUGUUGUUUUACUUUACGAUAAUACAAGGACUUGUGAGUUUGAA